AUGCAUCAUGGACCCACUCCGACCCCCGCCUCCACUGCCACCCCCGCCUCCACCGCCACCCCCGUCUCCACCUCCACCUCCCCCACCAGGACCGUCGCUCCCACCGCUCCCACCGCCUCCUCCGCUACCACCUCCGCCGCCACCUCCGCCUCCACCGCCGCCACCAGUACCUCCACUCCCGCCACCACCCCCACCGCCACCCCCACUCCCCCCGCCACCCCCACCGCCUCCUCCACCGCCCCCUCUAGCUCCACCCGCUCCCUUGCCCCCCUUGCCCUUGCCAGCGCGGCCCGCUAG